UUCUCAGCCACAGUUUCCAGAGUUGGAGAAGAAGCAGCUCAGAGUUGUUGUGUGUCUGCAGCUCCACAGACUGUGUGUGUGCGUGAGGGUGUGUGUCCGUGUGUGUGUGUUAGUGCUGCUGUCCACACACUGAAGCCGAGUGGAUUGAUAGAUAAGACAACAUGUGGCCUGUGCGUCCACAGACAGAGCAGGUGCGCCCUGCUCCAGGGGCUGACUGCUAAGCAUGCUGGGCAAAGCUCAGCCAACGACCAGCAGCCUCAACCUUGUAAAAUUGGAAGUUUGUGACACCGCGGCGGCCGCAGACGCACACGACGGUAUCAAGAUGGCUGACCUAGUGGAAAGCUUGGACACCAGAGAGCUGGAUAUGGGGGAAGGAGAGGAGACCGACUAUGAUGGAAACUUAGGGGACUGUCGUAUCCCGUUUUCAGCCGUGUAUGCCACUGUGGGCUUUAAGGAGGCCAGCGCUAAGGUUUACCUGCCCACUGUGCCCAUCACUGCCCGGAUCCUGGAGGUGGAGAGAUUCACCACCGCUCAGGACCGCUUCAAUCUGUCGCACCAGAGGAGCGUCAACAAGUCUCUGCCAGCCGUGUUUAAGAUUGAGCUGAAGCACGGCGAGUUCACCUGGGUGGUGAAGAGGAAGGAGAAACACUUCAUGGAGCUGCACAGAGAGCUGAGGACGUACAAGACCUUCAUGAGGAUACCGCUGCCAUCGCGCAGCCACACAGUGAGGAGAAGGACGGUGAGGAAGAGCGAGGUGAGGGAGAUGCCCUCCCUGCCGAGGGGCGGGGGAGACGACCUGGUGCGAGACGAGCAGGUGUCCAGCAGGAGG